AUGGCUUCUGCGGAUAUUCACUGGGGUACAUUGAUCAAUUCAGACAAGAGCCCAGCCCCACUGCUCGAACAGCUAUGUCUAGGGAUCGCACAGUUGAUGUCCACCUUUGAUACCAACAUCUCCACCGAUAUCACCCCUGAGAGAAUCGCUACUUUUUACCGCAAAGUCGGCGGCAACUACGACCCUUUAUUCCUUGAAACUAAGGGACAAGCUCUGUCAUUCAUCUACCAGUCACUAGGAUGUUUCCACAGCCUCCAGCCCUCAGCCAAUCCCUACGAGCCCCCAUCGAUUCCCUCACUACUCCCGAAUGGCUUCGUGCGGUGGCAGACAAUACAACUGUUGAUGGACCCAGAUGAACACUCGGUGUAUUUGCAAAAUGCGGUCAACUUGUGGGAUAUUCCAGAUGCAAAUGGGGAGACCUUUCCAAAGACGAUUCCUCGAGACGCGUUUCCCUCUGAGCCCGACCCAGAGAUGCUGGAAUGGCAUGAAGGAACUUUGGGACAUAUCACUACCAUUUUAGUGGAAAGGAUCCUCUACCUGACGAAGAUGACUACUUCUCCCGUCCACGUCGGGCGGCAUCAAAGCGUCGCAGUCAUGCGGAGCCCGAUCGGCCCAGCGACCAUCGCCAUCACCGCCGAAAUUACAGCGGAGAAUAUCCAGCAUUUUCUGCACGUAGGCCUGGAACGAACCGACCGGGUUUUUCAACCCCGAGAGUUUCAUCCCCUCCCCCAUGGGGAGAGCGUCCAGCACAUUCAAGCGGACGAGACCAAGAUGAGUCUGCACGCCACCGCAAGGACCGUCCGAAACCCAAUAGGAACCAAGAGCGACGCCAUCUGUCACCACCUCCCAAUAGUAGUGCUAGACGCCACUCCCACGAAGCCUACACCCGCCGACCAUUCCGAGAUCUAUCGCCAACAAGUCCGAGCCGACAGCGCCGCGGGCACGAAAGCCACCCUUCACGAUCUAGCAAAUCCAACUCUGAGCCUUCGCCGAAGGUACACCCGAGAGAUCACCCAAGGGAUCAUCCAAGAGAUAGGGAUCCGAGAGAUUACCCAAAGGAAAAUCCAAAAGACCGUUCUCGAUCACGCGCAGCAGGUGUCAAAUUCCGCGAAUUUAUAUUCGGCGACACGGCCCCUGCUCCAACUGCUCCAGAUCCGCCUUUCUAUAGAUCGCCAACUCCCCCACCACCAAGAGCGGUACCGAGACACCUAG